AUGGGGACCCUCAGCUGCAACCCUGACCCACGGCUGACCACAGCACCACAGGGCUGGCGGGCCCCUGAGUGCCACAUUCUGGAGACCAGCUUGAGGAAGUCCUGCGGGAUGGCCACCCUGGAGAACGGCUCGGGGCCAGGCUUGUACGUCCUGCCGUCCACUGUGGGUUACCUCAACCACGACUGCACCAGGGCCGUCAGUCCGGCCUACUCCCUCUUCUGGAGGCCCAGCCCCGCAUCUCCACAGGACACCAGCCCUGGGCCUAUCUACUUCCUGGACCCAAAAGUCACCCGGUUUGGCCGAAGCUGCACCCCUGCCUACUCCAUGCAGGGUCGGGGCAAGUCUCGGGGUCUGGAGGUGACACCAGGCCCCGGGGCCUACAGCCCAGAGAAGGUGGCCCCUGUGCGUCAGCGGACGCCCCCGGCUUUCACGCUGGGCUCCCGCCUGCGCCCACAGCUCCAGGACACCUCAGCCCCUGCCCCUAACACCUAUACCCUGCCCUCCCUCUGGGGCUCCCAGAUAUUCACUAAGCCGAGGAGCCCCAGCUACACGGUGGCAGGCCGCACGCCCCCCGCCCGCCCUCCUCAGGACCCUGCUGAGAUACCAGGCCCUGGCCAGUAUGAUAGCCCAGACCCCAACACCUACCGUCAGCGCCGGCCUGCCUUCACUAUGCUGGGCCGGCCCCGUGCCCCCCGCCCCCCGGAAGAGACUCCUGGGCCUGGCACCCACAGACCUGAGCAGGUCACCAUGACCAAAGCCAGGGCCCCGGCAUUCACCAUGGGCAUCCGCCACUCCAAACGGGCUACCACCAUGGCUGUGGACACCGCGCCCUGA